AUGAGGAUAAAGGGCCGUUUCUUCAUCAACCUGCACUGUUCGCACGAAGGUAGACUCGACAAUGAGAAGGAACCGUUCUAUGCAAGGCUGAAGGCAUCGUACGACUGCUGCUCGCCUCCGGACAUCAAGAUCGUCAUUGGGGAUAUAAAAGCCCAGGUCGUUCCACGUGAUUGGUGUGUCGAUCGAGAUGGCUUUCCCGGGCGGUGUGUUAAAUUAUCGAAGUGUAAGGCUCUUGCCGAUAUCUAUAAGAUCCCACCGAAAGCGCGAUGGUACAAUUCACGCCUACCAGAAUUAAUUUGUGGACCCUAUUCAAAAAAUCCUUACGUGUGUUGUUUGGAUCAUAGAGAAGACUAUGAGCUACAGAAUCUCCAAUCCAACUUGGUUGAAACGACAACCAAUGUUCCAGUGACCACACCCUCAACGCAGUUAGAAAAUCUAGACAGCAAUAUUCAGUUCACUGAUAUCGGAGAGUUUCCCUGGUCAGCAUUAAUCCAGUACAUCAAGCCGCAAGGCUUUCUUGGGUUCCACUGUGGAGGUACCCUAAUCAACGAGCGAUUCGUUGUAACGGCUGCUCACUGUAUUAAUGCGAUUCCACCAAUUUGGAAAGUAUAUCGCGUUCGGUUGGGUGAAUAUGAUACGAAGAAUAAGGAGGUUGACUGUGCGAAUGGACAUUGCGCCGAUAUGCCCAUGGACGUUGAGGUCGAUCAGGUUGUGGUUCAUCAGAACUACACCACACGCCAGAUUAGCCAGUAUGAUGACAUCGCCCUGAUCAGGCUCAUGCAAAGCGUUCAGAUGACAGCAUUCGUGCAGCCGAUCCAGCUUCCACCCAACCAGAUGGAGGAUAUGCUGGACGAAACUAAAAUGCCAAUUGUCUCCGCCGGUUGGGGAAGAACUAAAACCGGUGAUGCAAGUAACGUGAAAAUGAAAGUUCGACUCGAUAUCAGCGAUUUGAGUGCUUGUGCAGAUGCUUACCGGCAGGCCGGUGCAGAGCUUAUGGACACGCAAUUGUGUGCUAGUGAAUGGCAAGGAACGGGCGUCUGCAGUUGUGACUCUGGCGGACCUCUGAUGGCGCAGAUGGACGAACAGUUCUAUCUGGUCGGAAUCACUAGCUUUGGACCAGUCAAUUGUGGAAUGAAAAAUAUGCCGACAGUGUACACCAAUGUAGUGAAAUACACCACAUGGAUCGCAAGUAAUUUAAAUUAA